GUAUUUGAAAAUACAAAAACACAAACAUUGCGCGCUGACAGACGCAUUCGGUGUGGUUUUAGUCAUAUUAGCGAAUAUUCAAGCUGCGUAAUUAAUUGUAUUUUGUAAAUUACAUUUUUUACUUACUUUAAAUAACUUAAAUAAAUUUAAGUUUUGGUUUUAUUGUGCGUAAGAUAUCAUCUCUAUUAUGCAAUGAGUCAAAGAAGGCAGAAAAAGAAUAAACAACUAGCUGCGUGUGAUCUUCCAGAAUAUAGAACUCGAAGUGGAAGGCGUGUGAAAAAACCAGAUAGAUGGAAUCCAACUGAAGCUUCGAUAGAAAUUGCAAGAGGCCUUCAUAAUGAGUUGGAAAACUGUGAAAGUACUCGUAGAUCACUAAACUAUGAUGAAAAGAAAAUCGAUAAAGGUUACACAGACUUGGAUCAUGUUUCUGAAGCACUAUCAGACAAGACUUCUGAUUCCUGCAAAAAUAUUGAGGAAUCAAACUGUUUGGGAUUUUCAGAUUCUGUAGCAGUUGAUAGUCUUUCCGAACCAGCGCCAAACAUUGUUAUCAAUCCAAAAAUAAAUGUCACUCAAAGUAUAUCUAAAAUUAAUACAGCUUUUGACAGUUUUGACGACAGUUUGAAUGAGCCACUUUCCCAUCAAAAGAAGCUUGUUUCUAAUCUUGUACAUGAUAAUAAAUCAAGUAGAAAAAGUCGGGAAAAGCAGUUACUGAGCUCUAAUAAUUUCUAUGACAGUUUGGAAGAUAUUUGUUCUCUGGCGUCGAACAUGGAAAAAAUAAGCGGAUCUGAAAGUGCUAAAAUUAUCAAAAAUGUAACACAUGAAAAAUCUAUUGCCGUUGAUUCUCUUAUUGUUGAUGCCUGUCCGAAAGGUGAUGAGUCUGACAAUGGGGAGCAACAUUUCGAGGAGGAUUCUUUAGCAAUUAUUGAAUAUGAAAAAGCUUUUGAUGAUAGCUUGGAGGAAGCUGAAUUAAUUGAAAUGCUUAAUGUUUCACACAUUGAAGAAAAAGUGAUUCAGUCAGUUGAGUAUGCUGCAAAUAAUGCUGUUGAAUGUGCUGGAAAUAACACCACAGGUGUAACCCAUAAUUUGUUUCAGACAACUGAAUAUCAAAUUGAAAGAAAUAGCUUUAUUGCGGAGAAGAGCUCUGCAACUCAAUUUGAAAAUGAGUGUUCCCUUUCUUCAUCUGAUUGCAUUGCAUCAAAAGAUAGUUUGGAAAGUUCAGAUGGGGACCUAGCUCCACACAAGAAAACCCAAUGUAAACUAUCUAAUGAAUAUGAAGUUUCUACUAAGCCUGAGAAUCUCAUACAAGAAUAUGGAAAUGCUUCCAUUGAUUUGCCCAAGUUGGAUACAAGUGCAUCUGAAAAUCAGCAACGUUUAAAUAGUUCCAAUUGUUUGCCCCCAUCUUAUCAACAUUUGAAAAUAGUAAAAGAGUCACGUCCGUCAAAUGAACAAAUUUUUGAAAAUAUAAAACAUGUUGGUGAUAACAGUAUUAUAACGGCUCCAGUAACUGUUUUUGAACAAGAUAUAAAAUUUGUACAUUCCAAUGAUAAAUCUGUUUUAAAUUCUGAAAUCCAUAGUGAUGCAUUAAUUACAGUUCCAAGUUUGAAAUCUAAUCCAAAUAACAGCAUGUCUAUUUGUGAAAGCAAUGGUCCUAUCAAUAGUUCUUCGAACGUCAAUAAAUGUGAAGGUAAAUAUGAAAUUCACAAAAAUGGUGCUUGUAAUUUAUCCUCUGAUAAUAUACAAAAUGAAUGUUUUGAACCACAUGAUAAUAAACGUUCAUCACUAGGUCCAAAAGAUUCUUCUAGAAGUGAUGAAUUGUUGCCAUCUGUUUCUGAAAACUGUAAUCCUGAAGCAAGUUCAGAUAUUUCUAUGGAAAACCCUCUAAAGAACUGUCAUUUAUCUGAAAAAAAUAAUACAAAUGUAAGGAAAAGUAUAAAUAAUAACUUAAUUGGUAGCAGUAUGCCUAGUCUUGAAGAUGAGAUCAAUAACGAAAAUAAUUAUUCAUGUAAUUUGUCUUGUAACAAAAGCAAUUCUGAACUUCUAAAUUCAUCAAGCAGAGAAGAAAUUACUGAUGUGAACAAUGAAAAUUGUAGUCAAACUUAUUUAAUGCCAGAACGCACAUCUAAAGCAAUGUCAAAUGUUAAUAUUUAUAAUUUGGAUAAUUUUAAAAAGGGAUUAAUAAUGUCAAAACCUGAAGCAAACAAAAUAGAUGAUAUUUCAAAUGAACAGUUAUUUUCGGUUUCACCAUCUGAGCAACCUUCUAGCCAAAACAAGACUAAAAUGUUGAAAUGUAAAGAUUCUGAACACUUACCUGGUUCUAUCGACGAAUCUAAAACAUUUUUGGAAGCUCAAUAUUCCAUUUCUCCAUCUAAGGUUUUAUAUGAUAAAAAUAAAUCUUCAUCAAAGGAAGAUAAGAAACAAAAUGAUGAAGAAUCCACUAAAAGUAAACUUUUUAAAAAGCACAGUAAAACUGAAAAUGCAAAUAAUAUUGAGAUUGAAGGUGUAAUGUGCUCAAAUAUUUCAUCUAAUGAUAAAAGCAAUGAAAAUUGUAGAAAUUCUCCAGAGUUGUCUAAAGAUAUUUGUGCUGAGGACUAUAAAGUAUCGAUAAAAAAAGUUAGUGAAACAAUCAAUGCUAAACCGUCAACAUCAUCUGUUUCCUCAAGAAUGUCAGCUAGCAACAUUACUUCUACAGACGACUCUAAAAGCCUAACGUGGAACUCUCAUGAAAAUGAAAGUUUAACUGUAAAUGAUAAUUCUAAUAAUAUUUCUAUACUUAUAUCUGAAAAUGUUCAUGUAACUACGAGAACUGAAAGUUCAACUCUAAAUCAAGAUAUAUCUUCUACAAAAGAUUUUAGUUUUAUGAAUGAUUCAAUGUUUCAAAAUUCAAAUGCUUUUGAUGUUGAUGAAAAGUUAAGUGAAGUUACAGAUGAGGUUGUAAUACUUACAAAUGAAUCUGGUUUUCCAGAUGACUCUAUAUGCAUUCUGCACGAUUCAAAUGCGAAGAUUGAGUUUAAUGCUAAAAAAUCAAAUGAAGCUGCGCAAGAACAAAAAAUUACUUCAGCUUCAAAUGAAACUAUUUGGAUUGACAAUUCCAUUUGUUUAGUACCUGAAUCCGAUAUUAAAUCAGAAAUAGACGAAGAGUUGAAUCAAUGUUUAAGUACAGCCAAAAAUUCUCAAAUUAUGAAUGAUACUAUUUGCAUCGAGGACUCUAUAUGCAUACCGCAGGAACUAAAUAUUUUUCAGACAAAAAUCAAAAAAGAGAAUUCAGAUUACAGUUUAAAGUCAACUCAAAGUAUCUCAACAGCGGAGGAAACUUUUCAUGUCAAUGAUACUAUUUGUAUUGAUGAUACAAUGUGCUUUCAUACAGUGGAAAACAAUAUCAAGAUAGAAAACCAAGAUUCUGAUGAAGAUGAUACCUAUUAUAGCUGUUCCAGUGAAAUAGAUUCUGAAAAAUUUAAACUUAGUAACAAUUCUAAGAGUGAAUAUGACAAUGACUUAAAUGCAGCAAUUUCUUCUAACUUAAGGAAACAAAUUGCACAGAAGGUUUCGAAAGUUGCUAAGUCAAAACCAAAUGAUGGGAAUCUUGUCAAGCUUCAAAUCAAAGUGGCUGUUCGUGCUGACCAAGUUAACAUUUUAUCAAUAUUACCUCCUGAAGACAAAUCCCAAAAUAUCUUUCAUAAUCCCAAAGAAUCAGCAGAUUUAGUCAUUGAACCUACUGACUUACACCUACAAAGCAGAACACAAGUCAGUAAUUGCAGUUCAAGAAAAGUCAUGAACAAAUUUUCUUCCACGGAUACUCUAGUCCCCGAAAAUCCAUUAGCAAAAAUUACAACCUCAAAUGAUAUUUCCACUAAAAGUGAACUAAAUUCUCAAGUGCCAAAAUUAAUUGAAGCACUUGAUUUGCAUGAUGUUUCACUUUGCUUUACUAAUGAUCGUUUGGUUGAUUCAAGAGAUUCAAUUAAGCCUUUAAACUUGUGUUUAAAAGGAUCUUCAGAUCAAAAGGAUAUAUUUCAAUCUAAAAUUGUAGGAAAAGAAAAUAUUCCAAUUUUUGAAACUGUCUCUUAUAAUAAAAAUGUGUUGAACCUUCCAGUUGGAAGUGCAAAAAAACAUGUCUUACCACAAUCAGAUCAUUACAAGUCUCCGAAAGUUCUGGGUAAUGGCACAGAAUCAAAAAAAUCAGGCACUAAAAUACCAGUACGCAAAAUUGAAAACACAUCUCCUUCUCCAGUUUGUUUUAAGUUCCCAAAAUCUGAUUUUAAAGAUAAGCCUUGUGAUGAGCUAAAACAUCCCUUCGUUGGAACUAUUCCUUUAUAUAGGGGAAAUUUAUUUACUCCUACGAUUGGAGAUAAAGCGAAAGGAAAAAUGCUAGAAGUUACACCUGCAAAAAGUCAUCAUUUUUGCUCUGUCCGUAAUUCAAUAUCAAGAGUUCCAAAAGCACCAAGAAGCUGUCCAAAAAAAUUUCAGUAUAUUCAAAGUCCAAUUGCUCAGUAUAUAAGAAGCAACAGAGUUUUGUCACCAUUGCAAGUUACUAAUCGCUGUGAUAACAUUUUCUGUACGCCUAAUUCUGCUCUUCCAAGCCAAUCUUCUAAAGUACCAGGCAUUCCACAAGUAACUUCACAAAAACUCCAUUUACAAAAAGUCAAUAAAAAGCUCUAAUAUACCUGUGAUGUUUCAUGAAGUCAUCAUUGCAUGUUUGUCAUUUUUUUCAAAAUUUUUAUUUGUGUAUCUAAGCUCAGUGUUUUGUCAUUGUAUUAAAAUAUAUAUAUUCUAGAUAAAAGUUUUAACAAUUUAAAUGUAUUUUACUACAUAUGUAGUGUAUUUAUGCUAUUAUAUUUUACUUUUAUAAAAAUGCAUUUGAACAUUUAAAAGUAUGAAAAGUUAGUUUUGUCUUUAAUUAUGUGAGUUCAAUAUCUUGUUGGACCUCCAUCAUUGAAAGUACCUUGAAACAGACCUAUUUCAUGAAAUCAAAUUAUUCGGAUCAUCGACGUAACAUUUUUUAAUAUAAUUUCAUCAAUAAUCAAGACAAGUUUUUUUUAUUUAAAAAAUCAAGUUUUCUGUGCAUAACACUUCCCUUUGCUUAAGAGAAAUCUCGAUACUCAAACUAAACUACAUUUGUAGUAAUGAAAUGAUUGCUUCAGAUUUCCUCAGCAAAACUGGAAUAACCAAGUUCAUCAACUAACAGUAUGUUUCUUUUUUAUUCUCAUAAAAUAAGCUCAUUGUAGUCAUGCAGUACAGUGAGUGUUUUUUAUUUUGAAGUUUUCAUGUAUUAUGCCAUCAUAUUUUGGAAGUUGAGAAAAGAAAGAAAAUUAAGUGCAUUUAUUCAUCGAUUUUACUGAGGUAUUGGGAUAACCGAGGUUCUGUUGUAUAUUUAUUAAUAAAUAUUGCAUUACUGGAACCUGAGUGAGCAAUGUGAGAUUUUAUAUUAAUAUUUCAUUCUUUUGAAUUCUAGGUGUAUCUUAACUAGUCCAAAUCCAGUGAAUUUUACAAAAUUUUAUAUUAAAUAAUGUUCUAUUUUAAUUCCUUAAGAUUCAGUGUAUAUACUAAGCCAAGUCAUGGUGCGUAGCGUUUUUAAAAAGUCCUUAAAGGUGCUAAUUUUCGUUUUUUAAAAAGCCCUUAAGAGUGCAUUUUUUAUUGGGUGUUUUUAAAAAGUGCUUAAUUUACUGGUUUCGAAAAUGAGAUUUUUUUCUUUACCAUGUUGUUUUUCGCCUCAUAUUAUGCAAAAGCGUGCUUUUCAUGUUGUUCCAUUCAACGUUUUCACAAUUCAUUCCACCACAAUCCAAUUCGGCGUGCUGUGGGUCCAUUGCGUGUAAAAGCGCCAAUCAUUUUACAUGUUUCAUGACAUACUUGCAGGUCCGCAAGUGCAUAUAUUGAGCUGGAUUCGGUGAGAUUUUUGCAACUCUGCUACAUUUUGAAAGAUGUUCUCAAUUUCAGGCUUCAUUUACCACUCUCUAAAUCUUCUUAUGAUAGCUAAUAUGAUCAAGAAAAGAGUUCUUUGUCAGGAACUAGUUAUUUUAUCAUGGUCAUGUACAGUCUUCGAAAAUUAUUUUGCUAAUGUAUAGAGUGCUUAAAAAAAUUUUUUAGUGCUUAAAAAUUGCUAAGAUUUGACUACACACUCUGCAAGUGAGUUGUAAAAUAUCUGGAACAUUCCAAAAUUCUAACAUACAAUAAGCUUCCUAAAUGCCAUAAUUCUCAAAAGGAAAAAACAUUUGAAAUUUAUUUAAGUUUUUUUAGAUAUGAUAAAAGUUAUUAAUAAGAAAUGCAUUAUUUUGUUUAGAAAACUUGUAAAUAAUAUUUUAAUAAUGCUGGCAGCUAUGUAUUUACAUUUAAACCAUUUCAUGUUUCUAAUUUUUUUUAAUGAAAAAUUUAAUUUCUUUAACUUAUGUAGAUGUGAUAAGCAUUUUUUUUAUGUUAUAAUCAUUUACUGCUAAGUUCUAUAUAGUAAUUAAGCAUUUCUGUAUCAUUACUAAUUGAAAUUGCUAUAAGGUUCUUUUUCUGAUUAUCCACUCUGAAAAAAUUUUCUGAAUGUCUUUUUAGAAUGAAAAGCUCUUUAAAUAUUUUGUUAAUUAUUUGCAUAUAAUUUUGUUUCGACUCAUUUUUAAGAUACUAAGUUUUUGAUAUGCAGUUGCCCUGUAAAUGUUGAACAAAUUUGAGCCAUUUUACAAGUCUCAUAUAACUCAAAAAUCUUUUUUGAAAAAUCAAGUGGAAUUGUCUCUUAAAACUUAAAAAUAACAUAAUAUUAAUAAUAACAACGUGAUUUCAAUCAUUAAAAAUAAAAUUGAGGCAUACUAAGUACCUAAGCCUUUUACGUAGAAUUUUUGUUAAGCAUAUUUUAAUUUAGGGCAAAAGUAAAAAGUAUUAUAUUUAACAUAUUAAUAAUUUAUGGUUAUGAAUUGCAGUAUGAAACACUGGUGUCUUUUUCUGCACUAAAGGUAAAAUCUGUCAAACAUAGCUCUUUUCCAGCCAAUAACUUUCAAAUUAGCAACUAUUUCGACAAGAAAGGAACUGUUGUUCAUCCUUGAAAUUUAUAAAAUCAAUUAUUGAUACAUUUUUGAAUCGGAAUGAAAAAACUAAUCUUACUUUAAAUAUAACUCCUAUAAUCAGACAGAUUUCUUUAGUAACUAUUAGAUUGUUUUUUAUAAUAAAAAAAUAUGUAUAUAAAUAAAAAGGAAAUCGGUGUUUCAUCUGCAUCAAAUGAUUAAAGUGUGCUUGCAUUUUCUUUUUAAAAGUAUUAGUAUUGUUUCCCUUAUUACCGUUUCAAAUCGCUAAGUGUAUAAAAUUUCAUUUAAGCAAUUUUGUAUAGAAAUUUCUUCAUGCACAAUUUUCUCAUAGGGUUUGUUACAAAGUGGACAGUGCAUUUUGCUAAGAUAUACAUAUAGGUUUUACAAAUGCUUCGUCAGUUACAUUUACUAGCUUUUGGAAGCACAUUUUUAAAUAACCCCAGUUUUAAAUGUUAUCUGUAAAGCUGCAUGUAAGAAUUUUAAAUGAAUACAUUUUUAUGUUAUAAUUAAUAAUCUCCUCCUUGAAAGCUUAUUUUUUCUUUUUUCUCCACAGUUUGCUAUCAAAAUUUUUUAAUUAACUUAAAUAGAUUCUGUUGCAAUGUUUGUUUAGUCUUUCACAUGUAAUAUGUAAUUUAUAAAAACAAGUAUAUUAGUUUUUGUACCUAUUUCAAACUUCUUUUAAAUGUUUUUAUAUUAUUUGCUUUCUUUUGUUGCUAUCAUAAAAUUUUGUGGUUCCUGCUUAUCUUCAGGUAGCUUCAAUUUGUAUUAUAUGAUGUAUUUUUAUAAAUGAAUUAGUAAUCAUUAGAAAAGGAAUUUGUUUUAACUAUAACUAUAAAUUAUCUGUGAAUUAUUUAUAAGAGCGAAAAAUAAUAUUAAGAGUUUAUGAUGCUUGAAAAUGAUAUUCGAUUGUUACAUUUUGAUGUUAUAAAUAUUAAAAACUCUGAAACAUGUAUUAAGUAGAUAAAGAAGAAAUGGAUUUACUUAUUUUUCUAAUGACACAUUAAAACUGUUAAAAGUAAAAAUUUUAAAGUAAUGUUUCUUUCAAAAUUUAUGAAUUUAUAACAUUACUUUUUGUGAAAAAGUUUUUUUAUAAAUUGAAUAUCUUAAUGUAUAUUAUUUUAGAUCUAACUAUUGUGUAUUCUUGGUGUGUAAUUUUUUUAAAAUUUGUCCUCUCAUUUUUUUUUUUAAUUUGAUACAUUAAAUGCAUUGAUUUCAUUUAGUUUUUCAAAUUUGUAUGUUACAGUCUAUUAAAAUGUAGUAA